UCCACACACCACACCACACACUCUAGACAAAUUAAACCACGAGGCUCGCUCUCCAUAAUCCAACGCCGUGUCGGCAAAGCUACUAUUAGUCAUCACUUCUCUCUGACGCUUGUCGUCACACUUUCUUUUUUAAUUUAAUUUAUUCCCAAAGUCCAAACGGCGCGUUUUAAUCUCACCGUCGCCGGCAAAAAAAUGCGGAAGGAAAUAUCGCCGCCGGCGACCACCACCACCACCACCGCGAAACUCCUCGUCUACUUCGAGAAGAAGCCGCUAGUCGCCACAUUGCUAGCUCUCUCCCUCGUCAUGAUUAUCUGGAACCUUCCUCCUUACUACCACAGCCUCAUCUCCACCGCUCGUCCCUGCUCCGCCGCCUCCUCCUCUCCCAUCUCCCUCGCCACCACAACCGUACUCUCCUCCUCCUCCUCGCCUGAGAAUUUCACCACCUCUCUCGCCGCAGCUACACAGGUCGAUCCAACCCCCUCAGAUCCGAACAAACGCGUCUUCCAACCGUUCGGAAACGCGGCGGCGCUUUUCGUCCUCAUGGGAGCUUACCGCGGCGGACCAACGACGUUCGCCGUCGUCGGCCUCGCCUCGAAACCGAUCCACGUCUUCGGGAAGCCGUGGUUCAAGUGCGAGUGGCUGUCCACCAACGGAACCUCCCUCCGAGCCAAAGCCGUCAAGAUCCUACCGGACUGGGGAUACGGGAGAGUCUACACCGUCGUCGUCGUCAACUGCACGUUCCCAUCCAACCCCAACUCCGACAACUCCGGAGGCAAGCUCAUGCUCAACGCCUACUACGACGAAUCCCCCAAGCUCUUCGAAAGGUUCGCAACUCUGGAAGAACCCGCCGGAUCUUACUCGCCGCCGCCGCAGCACCACCGUUACGACUACCUCUACUGCGGCUCAUCGCUGUACGGCAACGUGAGCUCGUCGCGCAUGAGGGAGUGGAUGGCGUACCACGCCUGGUUCUUCGGAGACAGAUCGCAUUUCGUUUUCCACGACGCCGGCGGUGUUUCGCCGGAGGUCAGGGCGGUUCUCGAGCCGUGGAUCCGUGCCGGGAGGGUGACGGUUCAGGACAUUAGGGAUCAGGCUAAGUACGAUGGGUACUACUAUAACCAGUUCUUGAUCGUUAAUGAUUGUUUGCAUCGGUAUCGCCACGCUGCGGAUUGGACAUUCUUCUUUGAUGUCGAUGAGUACAUUUAUUUGCCUGAUGGGAACACGCUUGAGUCUGUUCUCAAAGAGUUCUCGGGGUACACUCAGUUCACGAUUGAGCAGAACCCGAUGUCUAGUGUUCUUUGCUUAAACGACUCGACUCAAGAUUAUCCCAGGCAAUGGGGAUUUGAGAAGAUGUUAUUCAGGGAAUCAAGAACAAACGUAAGACGUGACAGGAAAUACGCGAUCCAAGCCAAGAACGCGUUUGCUACAGGAGUUCACAUGUCUGAAAACGUCGUAGGCAAAACGCUACACAAGACGGAGACGAAGAUCCGUUAUUACCAUUACCACAACACUAUAACGGUGCACGAGGAGCUUUGCAGAGAGAUGUUGCCUGUUUCGGCCAAGGACAGCGUGACAUUGUACAAGAAGCUUCCGUAUGUGUAUGACGAGAAGAUGAAGAAGCUAGUUAACAGGGUUAAAGAGUUUGAGGAGAAGAAACUUGGGGCGGAAACUGUGAAGAAUUUCUCAUGACCAGACAUGACUUUGAUCCCCUCUUGUAAGCGUUUUGUCGAUAUAAGGUAUAGUUGUUUCCGUUGUAUCAUCAUUUUUCGUUUCUUGUUUGUCCUCUGUUACUAUUCCAUUAAUAACUUUUUAUAUAA